AAGCCUAGCCUUUUGUUUAUUGUUCACGGAAGCUUGGCCAAAAAGUUCACAUGUCGACCUUUCCUGUUGGAUUAGGCAAAGGACCAAUCCGCACCAUUUUUUCGCUUUCCACAAUAACAUGGAUUUCGGCAAAGUUGGGUACCAUGAUUCUCCUCCUCUUCUCCAGCCAGACAUUUCUGGAUGAAGAUCUAUUCAUCCAAGCCACUACUUCAGAAAAUACAACAGGCCUGCAACUGCAUAUCUUCAAUCAAUAUGUGGUCAUGGAUAAUGGCAUUCUCCAAGUCAAUCUUUCAAAACCAGAGGGGAUGGUUACUGGAAUACAAUAUAAAGGCAUCGACAAUCUGCUUGAAGUUCUUGAAGAUGAAACCAAUAGAGGGUACUGGGAUAUGGUUUGGUCUGCACCAGGAAUUACGAGAAAGAAAGGCGCAUUUGAUAGGAUGGAAGGAACAAAUUUUACGGUUAUAGUGGAAACUGAGGAUCAGAUAGAGCUUUCAUUCACCAGAAUGUGGGAUCCCUCUUUAGAGGGCAAAGUUGUCCCUUUAAACAUAGACAAAAGGUUCGUGUUGCUUCGUAACUCGUCGGGUUUCUACACUUACGCCAUUUAUGAACACUUGAAGGAAUGGCCUGCUUUCAACUUGACCAACACCAGGACUGUGUUUAAGCUCAGAAAAGACAAGUUUCAUUACAUGGCAAUAUCAGACAGCAGGCAAAGACACAUGCCCCUUCCCGAUGAUCGAUCAGAAAAAAGAGGGCAAGCCCUGGCUUACCCGGAGGCGGUCUUGCUCGUCAAUCCGGUCGAGCCAGAGUUCAAAGGAGAGGUGGAUGACAAAUAUCAAUAUUCGGUUGAGAACAUACAUAAUCGGGUGCAUGGAUGGAUAGCAAAUGACUCACAGGUUGGAUUUUGGCAGAUUACUCCCAGCGAAGAGUUUAAAUCUGGAGGUCCCUUCAAGCAGUGCCUUACUUCACAUGUGGGACCCAUCACCCUUGCCAUCUUUCAUAGUACCCAUUACUCAGGAGGGGAACUGAUAUUACAAUUUGGGUCCAAUGAGCCAUGGAAGAAAGUGUUUGGCCCAGUUUUUUUCUAUCUUAAUUCUUUGGGUGAUGGAGCUAACCCUUUCCAGUGUCUAUGGGAGGAUGCUAAGCAACAGAUGAACGAUGAAGUUGAAAGGUGGCCAUAUGAUUUUCCAGCUUCAAAGGACUUUCUGUCGCCUAAGCAACGAGGAACAGUUAGCGGCAGACUAUUGGUCCGCGAAAGGUAUGUUACGGAUGAUAAAGACGUACCGGGAAAUGGAACUCUGGUAGGCUUGGCAGCUCCAGGAGUUGUUGGAUCAUGGCAGUUAGAAUGCAAGGGUUACCAAUUCUGGACCAAAGCUGAUAAUGAUGGCUACUUCUCUAUUCAUGGCGUACGCCCAGGGACCUAUAAUCUUUAUGCAUGGGUUCCUGGUUUUAUUGGUGAUUACCGAGAUGUUUCUGAAAUUGUUGUAACUCCAGGUCUUAUUCUACUUCAAUCUUUUUAUUUUAUAUAUGUAUUGUCAUACAUAAUUUUUGGUUUAUCUUAUACUAAUGUAAAUUACGCUGCAGAUGGUGAUGUUGAUGUGGGUACACUUGUAUAUGAGCCUCCGCGAACUGGCCCAACUCUGUGGGAAAUAGGCGUCCCCGAUCGAACUGCAGCAGAAUUUUACGUCCCAGAUCCUAAUCCAAAGUACAUUAACAAACUCUACGUCAACACUGACAGGUUUAGACAAUAUGGAUUGUGGGAAAGAUAUGCAGAGUUAUAUCCUGACAAUGACUUGGUUUACACAAUUGGAGUUAGCGAUUAUAGAAAGGAUUUCUUCUUUGCUCAGGUUACCAGGAAGACAGGUAAUAACACAUACAAAGGAUCAACAUGGCAGAUUAGGUUUAACCUAGACAACGUGGACAAGAACACUACCUACAAACUACGAGUAUCACUUGCAACAGCACAUGUUUCUGAAUUACAAGUUCGGAUCAAUGACCCCGAUUCAGAGAAUGAUCCUCUAUUUACUACCGGACAGAUUGGGAACGACAACACGAUCGCAAGGCAUGGAAUUCAUGGACUGUACAGGCUAUACAAUGUGGUCAUUCCAAGCGCUCAGCUAGUCGACGGGAACAAUACCAUAUUUCUAACUCGAGAAUUGAGUGUCAGCCCCUUUCAGGGAAUCAUGUAUGAUUAUAUUCGUUUAGAAGGCCCCCAAUCUUCUAAUGACAACAAUAAUAUUGGAUUUAGUUCAUAGAAAGAAAUAAGAAAUUAAUCAUUCAUUUUACUAUGUAGCCACUAAUCUGAUAGUAUAGAAAAGAAUUU